AAAUUUAUCUAUUGUCAAUUUCAUGAGCUUAUAUUACGUCAAAUGUGCUGAAGCAUCCGUUGAUAGUUUAGAGGAGGAAGCUUCGAAUCAUCACGGACCAACGCGGCCGCUAGUCUCCAAUUUCUCCGGACUAAGCUCCACCACAAGUUUACUUUAUGAUGGCGAAAGGCUAUUACGACAGCUAUCGUCCCCAUACAGAUAUCCAAAUCGAAACGAUGUCCUUAGAGGCAACCUAUCGCGUGGCCAGCGGUGUGCCAGUACUAUCUCAUAGUAUUUCGGCAUCCCUACCAAAAGUCACCUCUCGAGUUCUAUUGCCUAGAGCACAAACCAUUCUCUCACAGACAUACACACAACAGCAAAGACAGCUCCAUGUUUCUUCCAGACUAAGAGCGCCGAAUAGUGGGUUGAUGGGGAUUAAUAACUCGAGUGUGCCGACUUCAUAUUUCCAACGACCUUCAUUACCCGCAAAUACAAUUAUUCGAUUCGUUCCCCAACAAACAGCAUGGAUUGUGGAGCGCAUGGGAAAGUUCAAUCGUAUACUGGAACCUGGUCUCGCUAUUUUAUUGCCAAUAAUAGAUAAGAUAGCGUAUGUCAAGAGCUUGAAGGAGUCUGCUAUCGAGAUUCCUAGCCAAAGUGCGAUCACAACUGACAACGUUACUUUGGAACUUGAUGGUGUACUUUAUACUCGAGUCUUUGAUGCAUAUAAGGCUAGGUAACUCUCCUUGUUCCGUUUUCUAGUGAAUGUACUAAUGCCUUCCUAGUUAUGGAGUGGAGGACGCCGAAUAUGCUAUUUCUCAACUGGCACAAACAACCAUGCGUUCGGAAAUUGGACAACUUACUCUCGAUCAAGUACUCAAGGAGCGCGCCGCACUAAACACCAACAUUACAGCAGCCAUUAAUGAAGCCGCGCAGGAAUGGGGUGUUAUUUGCCUGCGUUACGAAAUCAGAGAUAUCCACACACCCGAAGGAGUUAUGGAGGCCAUGCAUCGACAGGUCACUGCUGAGCGCAGCAAACGAGCAGAAAUUCUCGAUUCUGAAGGUCAGAGACAGAGUGCCAUCAAUAUCGCCGAGGGACGAAAGCAAAGUGUAAUCUUGGCAUCUGAGGCCUUGAGAAGUGAACAAAUCAACAUGGCGAGUGGUGAGGCCGAAGCUAUUCUAUUAAAGGCAAAGGCCACAGCUGCAGGUAUUGAGGCAGUAGCACACGCAAUCGCUUCAGGAGAGGAAUCAGCGCAAGGGGCUGUUAGUCUCAGUGUAGCUGAAAAGUACGUUGAGGCAUUCAGCAAGCUUGCUAAAGAAGGUACUGCAGUCGUGGUUCCUGGAAAUGUAGGGGAUAUUGGAAGUAUGAUUGCUAGCGCCAUGGCUGUAUAUGGAAAAGUCGGCGAUGCCCAAGCAAAAACUAUGGCCGCUAAGGUCUUGAAAGGACAGAAGAGCACAGAGCAGACGAGUACAGAAAACGAGUCGCCCAAUGAGGAGAUGAAGAGAAGCAUGCUGGCGUCUUUCGAAAACGCUACCAAGAAGUAAACUUACUAUACGAUGUGAUAUGAUAUGAAAAAGCGAUGCGCUGAAGGGCGAAUCGAAAUCGGGGAUGGGAAUGGAGGAAGGGAAUUGGAUGUAUGAUUAUCGGUGAUAUGCGUUCAUGAGCGAACAACUGUAUAUUGUUUUUUUAUGGCGGAGUCAGAUGCUGACACAAAAUACCCUUUACCUACCUAAGCGUUGAAGAGGUAGUUUUUGCAACUCAAGCAAACCCAAAUACUUUAAAAUCUCCAAUAAAAUUAUUUUGAAACCCCUCGAUGUUUGAUCC